AUGUCUGAAAGCCUCGAACCCACCCAGGGAGCACAAACUGCUGCUGAUGUGGCGGCGCGAAGCCGCGCGGACCUGGCAGACCAGUUGAGCGACACAGCCCUCCGUUCGUUCACGAAAUAUUACUCGACUUUCGAGUUUUCUGAUCUCGAAGAAGCUCUUAGAUGUACUGAAGAAGCACUGAAAUCGAUACCGCAUGACCACCCGGAGUACCUGGGGCACUUGAGCAACAUUGUCAGUCUAUUUAGUGAUAAAUUCGAUACGACGGGGAGGGUGGUCGAUCUUGAGAAUGCAAUCCAAUUUGGAAGGGAAGCUAUCGACAGAUUUCCUGAGAACUUAAACCGUGGAUAUUUGUUGAAUGCUGUUGCAGACAAAUUUGACACACUUUUUGCCUCGACAGGGGAGGUCUCAGCUCAAGAUCUCUCCGUUCAAUAUGCCAAGGAUGCCUAUCAGGAAACCAGCGAUAGGCCAGAAAAUGAGCCAUUUCGGCUGGAAGUCAUGGAUACCCUUUGUACUGUAUUGAUGACCCGAUAUCAGCGGAUCUGGGAUCUACAAGAUCUGGAGCAGGCCAUCGAAAUAGCAAGGAGUGUGAGAUGUUUUUCUCAGAACGGCUAUCUAGAGCAUUCAAUACGUCUCUCCGAUCAUCUCAUAUCUAAGUAUUUGAGAGUCGGUGAAGUAGCGAGCCUCGAGGAAGCCAAGACUAUUUCCCGCGAAGCCCUUUUAUUCGCUGCAGUGGAUGAUGCAGAUUAUCCAGGCUGCGUGUUCAGUCUUGCGAGGAGUCUUUACCUCAGCAGUCAACGUACGAGUGAACUAUCCGAGCUGGAGGGAGCGAUCCAGUACUUGAGGUCAGUUGAAAAAUUCCUUGCAGAAGACGACUGUGAAAGUAUAUCGCAAUAUCUCAGCAGCCUCGCAAACUGCCUGGACUAUAAAUACUCGAUAACCGGCCAACCAAGUCAACUGGAAGAGGCCAUCCAGUUGAUGAGGAGAGCCGUAGACAUUACCGACCCAGAAACUGAUCGAUAUGCCGGGAUUUUAUGCCAGAUCUCGGUUCUACUUGGACAAAGAUACAGCCGAGCCUGGUCCAUGGAUGACCUGAUUGAGUCUAUCGGUUACGGGGAAGAGGCGGUAAACGCCAGCUUACCCAGCGACCCCAAUCUCCCUGCAUUCAUGACCUCUCUGGGAAAUAGGUUCAUGGAACGGUAUCUGAGAACCGGGAAGGUAGGCUAUAUGGACAAGGCAAUCGAACUGUCUAGAGAUGCGCUCAAGAAAAGCCCAGAGGGCCAUCCAGCGCACGUGGCACAUGUCACAUGCCUCAGCCAUCAACUCGGCGAGAGAUACUCAAGAUUUGGCAUGAUGGCUGAUCUAGAAGAGGCCAUUCAACUUGUUAAAGAGACGCUCAGUCUCGGCUCACUGGGCAAUUCGGACCGAGCCAAAUGCUUCACUGCUGCCGCAUUGAGAUUCGGGGACAAGUAUUUGAGAACAAAUUCUCUCCCCGAUCUGGAGGAAUCUGUUCGGUAUGCAAAACGUGCCCUGGAUGAACUCCCAGAGGAACAUUCACACCGGGCAGCUUAUUCUAGCAAUCUCGCUGAGGUACUUAGAUCGAAAUACCAGGAGACCAAUGUCAUGAGCGACCUAGAGGAGUCUCUUCAUUAUGGAAGGCAAGCAGUUAGAGAGACGCCACCAGGGAAUGCGGACGAGGCAGGUUAUUUCAACAAUCUCGCGUUCCAGCUUGCAGAAAAGUACCGGAAGACAAGAGAGCCUGAAAUUUUGGCGGAGGCGAUUAGCUAUGCUACCAAGGCAGUCACCGACAGGCCGGAAGAAUACCAAUACCGCGCAAUGUACUUGAGCAACCUUGGUGAUUGCCUUCGAGACAGGCACGCAAUCUCAAAUUCAGCUUCCGACUUGGAAGCUGCGAUGCAAAACUAUGAGCUCGCUCUCGCCCAGACGUCAUCUCCCAUCAUCAACCGUAUCAAAGCCGGCAUCCAGAUACUUGAGCUCUCCAGUGCUCACUCAAGCUGGCGACGAGCCUUUGAAGCGUCUGCAACAGCGGUAGAACUGAUCCCGCAGCUGUCAAUGCGGUCGCUAGAAAACUCGGACAAGCAAUUUAUGCUAGGGCAAGCUGCCGGUCUAACGUCCGACGCUGUGGCGGCCGCCAUCAACGCAGGGGAAGGGCCGCUCUGCGCCUUGAGUCUUCUCGAGCAGGGUCGAGGCUUGAUAGCAACAUCUCUUGAGGAAAUCCGAACAGACGUGCUGGAGUUGCGGAAAGCUGACCCGUACCUAGCGGACGCGUUUGUUUCCCUCGGCAACGUCCUGGACAUGUCAGAAGCAUCUACCAAACAGCACGUCACAACUACUCCACAGGUGGGGGCAGACAGGAGGUAUCAAGUGGACAAAGAGCUGGGUGAAUUAAUCGACACAAUUCGUAAAAAGGACGGGUUUGGCAACUUUCUCCGGGCCCCGAGUGAGGUCGAUAUACAAGAUGCAGCCAGAAAUGGUCCAGUCGUGGCUAUCAAUGUGAGCAAGUUCCGCUGUGAUGCGCUGCUUGUUGAGAAUCAUCAGAUUCGUCUUCUGCCGUUGCCUGAUUUGCAUCUUGAAGAUAUCAAGGACAGGGAGCUUCAAUCGAACCUCGGCAGUACUGCUGUUCUUGAAUGGCUGUGGGAUACCGUGACAGGCCCUAUCCUACAUGCUCUAGGGCUCUCUCCAGUCCCUUCAGGUGAGAAUAGCUGGCCUCAUAUAUGGUGGAUUCCCACAGGUCCGUUGGGGAGAUUCCCCCUUCACGCAUCAGGAUAUCACCAGGACGGCCGUUCGGAAACUGUUUGUGAUAGACUCAUGUCGUCGUACAGUGCAUCCAUCAAAAUGAUGAUAUAUGGUCGACGCCACGCUGCAACACCACGAGGAGUAUACCAGGCACUGAUGCUGGCAAUGGAGAAUACCCCGGGAGCUACAAGACUCCCGUUCGCAGCAGCGGAGGUAAAACAAGCAUUUAGCAUCUGUCAGUCGAUGGGACUCAUCCCUAUCACACCCGAACCAUGCAAGCAGUCUGUGUUGUCGCAUUUGUCGCAAUGUUCCAUUUUCCAUUUCGCCGGGCAUGGCUUCACACACAACACGGACCCAUCAAAGAGUCAUCUUCUCCUUCGUGAUGGCAUGAACAACCCACUGACGGUUUCAGAGAUCCUGGCCUUGAAUCUGCGUGAGAUGCCUCCGUUCCUCGCCUAUCUCUCGGCCUGUGGAACGGGUAGGAUCAGGGACGAGAAGUUCUUUGAUGAGAGUAUUCACCUGGUCAGUUCGUUUCAACUAGCCGGGUUCCGCCAUGUGAUUGGUACGCUGUGGGAAGUCCAGGAUGAGAUGUGUGCUGAGAUGGCAACGAUAGUUUAUGAAGAAAUGAGGGACGGGAAAAUGAGCGAUGAUUCGGUUUGUAGAGGAUUGCAUAAAGCUACCAGAGCGGCGCGCGACCAUUGGCUGGGUAUCUCAUCUAGCUUGGAACGCAACAGUCGGGCUGUUGUGAAGCGAGAAAGCAUGGAAGCAGCAGAUGGUAGAGCUUGUCUAUCACUUCCAGGAGAGAUCCGACUGCCGAGAGACAUAAAAGAAUGUGCUGAGAGUGAGCAAUUUUGGGUUCCCUAUGUUCAUUUUGGUAUAUAG